CGGAAGUUUCGGCUAAAAUUAAAAAGACGCAUGGUAAACUUUGUCGGAAAAAUGUCACAGCACGGCAUUAAGAAAAGAAAAUUAGACAGGAGCACGGAGGACCACAUGUACUUUGACAGCUACUCCGAUGUAACUAUCCACGAAGAAAUGAUCGCCGACGCCGUGCGUACCAACGCGUACAGAACUGGAAUUUUUCAAAACACUAAGUCUAUUGAGGGGAAAGUGGUGCUGGAUGUGGGUGCCGGUACCGGCGUACUUAGUUUAUUCUGUGCCCAAGCAGGUGCCAGGAAGGUUUACGCGGUUGAGGCGAGCUCGAUCGCAGAUCAGGCUGUGCGAAUCGUAAAACUGAAUCAGAUGGAGGACAAGAUCGAAGUGAUUAAAGGGAGGCUCGAGGCGAUCGAUUUACCCGAACAGGUGGACGUGAUCGUCAGCGAGUGGAUGGGGUACGCGCUCCUUCAUGAGUCCAUGCUCAAUUCUGUGAUCUUUGCACGGGACAAGUGGCUGAAGCCCGGUGGCCUCAUAUUACCUCACAAAGCGGAUCUCUUCAUCGCCCCCAUUAACGAUCUGGUGGUGGAGGGCCGGCUGAACUUUUGGAGCACUGUUGAAGGACAAUACGGUGUGGACAUGUCCUGCAUGACCGACUUUGCCAGGAAGUGCAUCAUGAACAACGACAUCACCGUUAGUCCGGUGACGGUGGAGGACGUGCUGUCCCAUCCGUGCAAGUUUGCCGAGUUGGAUUUGCACACGGUCACGCCCGAGCAGCUCAAGGAUGUGCGGGGCGUGUACAGAUGCGAGUGCUUCGGGUCGUCCUCUAUCCACGCGUUGUGCGUGUGGUUCACGGUCACUUUUCCUGCAGAUGACAAGGCCAUAGUGCUCUCCACAUCUCCGUUUAAACCGGAGACCCAUUGGAAACAAGCUGUACUGUACUUGGAUGAUCCGGUGGAUGUGAUGCAGGAUACUCAAGUUGAAGGGGAGAUCAGUUUGUACCCCUCGGAGAAAAAUUCUAGGCACAUAUGCAUCCGUGUGGACUAUGCCAUAGGCGACCAAAAAAAGAAGUCCAAAGCUUUUUCUAUUCCAGAUCAAUUUUUAGAGGUAUAACAGAUUUGCCUCUUACUAGUUAGAGUAAGGUCACCAAGUUGCACAGAAUGACACAUUCACCAUGAAUUUGUACUUGGGAACUGUAAACCUUCAAUGUCUCGGGUUUACAAGCAUACAGUGUUGAAAAAUAAACCGCUUGUAAAUGUUCUGAAACUGCUUAUUAAAAUAGCAGAAACACAAGCUUGCAUUUUGUCUUGCAGCCUCACUCAAAGAUUAAAGCAUUUCUCUCUGGGUUGAGGAUGGGCGUGAGGAACAGAUGUAACAGUGAUCAAAUCAUUCACAGUUCAAGAUUUAAAAAGUUAAAAACAUUAAUGAUAGAUCCAAGGUCUAUGCCAGUGAUGUUAGAUCAACAAAGUAUGUUCUGCUAAAUUAUGCCACAGAGGAUUAGUCUAAUAGGAUUCAACUCUGUAGGAUAUGAAUGAAAAAUAUGUUUACAUUAUACCUUUAAAGGAACAAUAACAAUGCAUUUAUUAUAGUAAAAUCCAAUAAUCGUGUUUUUAGUGGAAGCAAGUUUUACUAUAAAUAUCAUGGUUACACUAUGAACACUGUAGUAACUGAGGUUAAUUUGUGUUAACCUAUAAAGUGAUUUGGGAAUAUUGAAAUAACAGUUCCAUAACCAUAUUCAUCUAGUAGGAUAAACAACUACUUUAUAUGACUUCUGUUGCCUUUAUAUGAAGAAUAUUUACCAAAUAGUGUAGAAACUAGAUACGUACCGAAAUGUUACUUGACUGCAAAAUAAUGAUGUUCUUUGAGGGUUCAGUAUACCCUCAAAGAACGGAUGGAUGGAAGACGACCCGAAUAUCAAUAAUCAAAAUAUCUUACCGUAUUUAAGAAUGAGAUUUACUUAUUUGAGUCCUUCUAUUAAUAGCCGUGUAGAUUGCAAGCAGAUUAAAUCAAAGCAGCGUCUCUGUCUCCUAGACAGCCCCGAUGAGGUUCAUCCGCAUAGGCAUAUCAUUUUAUCCAAUACAUCCCUUGGUAUGCUAAUGAUGUUACUGUAAAUAAACCAAGAGAAAUCAUUUGCUGCCUGCCACUUACAGUAACCAAUAUUUGUUGACAUCUCUUGAGAUGACAAAUUGCAAGCAUGUUAUUGACGAAUCCUAAUUUGUAGGACCACAUCCCAAGGCACUGGGCGGAUCUCCAUGGCCAAGCUGCGAUUUGUCAUAAUUAUCAUUAGCAGGCCAGUUUGCUUUCAUUGCCAUAGUAAAAAUCAGCCCUCAUGCCGGCAAGUGCCAGAAGGUCUCAUGUGGUCGUACCUGUCCUCAUACGUGAUUUAAAACAUAAUUUUAAUGAACUUAAGAAGUCAGAAGUCCAAAUGGGUGGUUUUAAUUAUGAGGGGUUAUUAUAAUGUUUAUGCUUUCCUGUAGCUCAGUGGUAAGAGCAUUGCGUUAACAACGCAAGGUUGUGGGUUCGAUCCCAGGGGAUUGCAUAUGCCUAUGUAAAAUGUAUAGGAUAAAGCAAUGUAAGACGCUUUGGAUAAAAGCGUCUGCCAAAUGCCUAAAUGUAAAUGUAAAUGUAAUGGUGGGUUUGGAGGUUUUUGUGGGCUUUGUUGUGUAUGAUUAGAUCUGAGUUUGAGGAACAUCAUCUGCUAGUUGGGAAUUUGCUGUCAUGACACUUUUUAGCAGUUUCUAUUUCAAUUCAGAGUCAGCAGUGGUUCAUGAUUAAAAGGAUAGUUUACCCAAAAGUGAAAAUUCUUUCAUAAUUUACUCACCCUCUUGUCAUUUCAAACCUGUAUGACUUUCUUGCUUUUGCGGAAUACAAAAUAAGAUAUUUUCAAGAAUGUUGCUAACUGAACAGUGCCGGCACCCAUUCACUUCUGUUGUAUGGACACAAAACCAAUGCAAGUGAAUUGGUGCUGGUUAACGACAUUCUGUAAAAUAUCAUCGCUUUUGGUAUGUGGAAGAAAGAAAGUCAUACAGGUUUGAAAUGACAAGCGGGUGAGUAAAUGAUGACAGAAUUAUCAUUUUUGGGUGAACUUUUACUUUAAGUCGCCUUAUGGGGAAAAGUUCAAGAUGGUUAGAGUUUAUGGAUUUAAAUAAAGACGGCAUAGUGUGAUCAUGAGAAUCGUGUAUAAUUUAACCUCCCAAUGAAACUCUGAUACAAAUUCUGUGCGCUCAUGCAAAAUCUGAACGUUACACUAAAUUUCUCAUGACUAUUGUUUGGGAAUUUCUUGGGAAAAUCUUAAAGAAACUGUAGUGUACGUUUUAAAAAAUGUGUUUUAAUUGGUGGUCAUGGAUCAUUAAUGUUUUGUUUUUGCUCAGUUUGGUUUUUCUGUUUGGGGAAGUCUGUUUCAAAGAAUCUAAAAAGUAAUUAGAUAUUUAUAUUCAGGAGAAAUGUGCUUCCUUUAGUUAAAAAUGUGACUUUUCCCUUCUUUUUAAUAAACGCGUUAAACCAA